UCACUUGCAUAAAAUAAAUAACAUUUAUUUAAACGCUUCUAUCUGUGCUUCUACCAAAUUAAAGGCAUACAAACAAUAGUGCAAAUAGUUAAAAAUGGGUGCAAGACGUGAUGUUGCGACACUUCUUCAGCGUGUGCGGGCUUUCCUGCUGGGACGUGAGCAUACUUUGGCACUGCGUUUCGAGGAAGGUUUAGCUGAUCGCACCCAACCACCCCCAGACGUGCCUGGUGGUCCAGCACAUUUAAUAGCUGCUAAUCUCUACUGCAAACGUGAUCCCCGGCGAGAAGUGCAACCACCUAUUGAUCUUGUAAAGCAGCAGUUGCUGGCUGACAAGGGAAGCGAUAAAACUGAAAAGUUACCAACACCUGGACCAGUUUAUCACUGGGAUUAAAUUUUGUUAAAAACAAAUUCGAGUUGAAAUUUUCGUAAAUUUUGUUUGGAAAUAUGCGUGGAUAUACAUACAUAUAAAAAUAUUGACUUCA